UCUUCAAUACUUUUGCUAAUAUCCUGGAGUAUUUUUUUAAUAAAUGAUAAUGAAAAAGACUAGCAGUAAACUAAACUGACAUUCAGUGCAAAUACAAACCAAAAAUCUUUAUUGGAGAGUAGUUUAUGUUUACUGAAGCAGUUGUACUGUUGUGACAUCUAGAUGUCAAGUUUAUUUACUAAUAGGGGAUGAUUAAUCAGCUGUUUAUAUUAUAGUUGCAACAUAUUUUUCUGUGGGUGUUAUAAAAUUAUACAAAAUAUUGUUUAAAAAUUAAAAACUAAAAUGAAACACGCACAAUUUAUUGCUCGUACUGUAAUGGUACAAAAAAAUAAUGUUGAAGAAGCUUGCCGCCUAUUAAAUCGUAUUUUGGGUAAAGAAGAAAUUUUCGAUCAAUACCGGCGCACACGCUUCUAUGAAAAGCCAUAUCAGGUCCGACGUCGCGUUAACUUCGAGAAAUGCAAAGCAAUCUACAAUGAAGAUAUGAAUCGAAAAAUACAGUUUGUGCUACGCAAAAAUCGCACUGAACCAUUCCCAGGAUGCAGUUAAUUCGCUAUUAGUAAUAAAUAGUAAAAACAAAAAUAAAAUUAAUGUGUUGUUAAAAAACCCUUUUCAAUUGCAAUAAUAACCAAGUUAUGUUUUAGAA